AAUCAGAAAUGAGCUUGAUGAUGUGAGGCUUCCCAAAGGAAGACAUUCCAUGCACACAAGCAAGCAAACAAACAGCAAAACAGAAAGAAACUGGAAGAAUAGAAUAACCAGUUCGGAAAGCAGCAACCAGUCAACAGAUCUACUCAGCCAGCCAGAGCAAGCAACCGAAACCUUUGAAAGUAGGAAGGAGUGAUAGAUACCGUGAGAAGCCUCACAACAAAGAGAGAACAAAGCAACAAGAUGGCGAAGGACUCAACAAGCAAGAGCUCCAAGCACGGAAAGAAGCAUUCCAGUGAUCACAAGGACAAGACAGAGUCGAGGAACGAACCGGAGACCAGCUCAUCCUCUGACGGCGAUAUCUUGGAUGGAUCAGGCAGAGGAAACCAUGGCGAUGCUGAGGCCGUGAAAGAAAAGCAUGAGAAACACAAACAUGGCAAGAAACAUUCCAGCAAAACGCAUAAAGGAGGAAAGCAUGGACACAAGCAUCAUAAUAGUAAGAACAGCGAGGACGAAAACUGGAACCCAGACUAUCACUGGGAAACUCAUUGCAACAACAACGACAGCAGCAGCAAGUCCGCAAAGAAGAUUGUUGCUCACAGCAACAGAGUGGACAAGCAUUUGAAGAAGCUUUACAAGCUAGAAGAAGACAUCACUGGCACUGUCUUUGAUUCGGACUUGGGUGUCAGUAUGGUGUUUGAUUCGGAUGAAGGAGGUGUGGCAGUGAUGGAUUCAUCUCAUGAUGUGAGAGCGACACCUGCCGUGUCUUCAUCAGAUGCGAUGGACGCCAAAGAGGUCGAAUACGAUGAAGAAGCUUUGGACAUGGAAGAAGACGAGGCCCUUCGAACGACUCCAACGACGCCGCCUCUGUCUCCACCACAAGGCCCCACAACGACAUUGGAGAAUUUGCCCCCAGAAUUGGCCCCAGGCAGUCCACGGGCGGUCAUCACCACUCAGCACCAAAACCAGGAGCACCAUGCACAAAAUGCCACAAUCAGAAAGGAUCCCACUCGACCCUCGCCAGUCGCAGUGUCACGGAAUUCAUUGGGACCCGAGUCUCUGGGCCCUUCCAUGAUGCCAAGAGCCUCUUUUAUGCCCCCCUUUCUGAUGCACGAAAGCGACAGUGACGACGAGGAAGAGGAGGAAGCUGUCGUCCAUCGACGUAGAUCGUCGUACAACCAUGGAGAAGUUGCAGGCGGUGGCCAUGGUAGUGGUUCGUCGGGGGACUGGGCAGUGCCAGAGGCAAUGGGAAUGGAUGAAGGCAUCCCAGAAAUCAAUCAAGAACGAUGCCAUUCUCUACUGUACUAGCUAGGAUACUAAUGAACAACAUACACAAGGCUAUUGG